AUGUUGGAUUUCCGAUGGAUGCUGGCGAUCAUCGCCAUAUUAGGCAUACGGCAGAUCAAUGCAGACAAUGAGUUACCUGCGGUUUUAGUAAAUGCCACGGUUGACCCGUCGCUUUCUAUCGAUGUUUGUGUAAAGGCGAACUCAUCUCUGCACUCUCCAUCAGCAAUCACGGGUUUUAAAGUUUAUUUCACGCGGAAUUCCAUAGUGUCUGGGGAUAAGUACAAGCAGUGGCAAAAUGUCGAAGUGCUCACGUCCGAACCGCAGUACUGCAUCAGACUGGAUGCUCACCACUACGACAUCAGACCGGCUACUGUCUAUCGCUUGCGAGCAACUGCUUUGAUUAACCAAGUUGAGAGUUCUCCUUCAAAGCUUGUGCUUGUGAAUACCAGAGAAGCUGCGGCCAAGUCACCUGUUAUCCAGUCCGUGAAGGUAUUGGCAAAUGGAAGUGCCAUCGUUCAAUUUAUUCCCGCCGAGGAUGCCGAUGUGAUAGCGAACUAUACAGUCGAGUACCGUGAUGUCUCGAGUUUCGAUCCCUCCUGGAUAAGUCUUGAGUUUGAGUCGGACUCUUCAAGUGAAGUGCUUCUGUCUGGACUGCUACCAAACAGAACGUACGAGACUCGUCUCUUUGUGAACGGCAACGUUGUUCAUGGCCUUUGCUCCAGACAUGUAUUCUUCUCAACGAAUAGCACUGCUCAGCUGCCUGAAGUCUCGUUAGAUGCACAGGAAGAAAUUGUACUCGACCCAGAUGUGUCGGAGCCAUUUGAAGUAAAAUGCGACGUCGUGGCAAGUCCUCCUACAAGUGUUGAGUGGCUUGUUGACGGCAAUCCACUGCCGCAUGAUCAUUCUUUUUACACAGUCACAACAGAAACCGACAAUGAGAGAAUCACAUCCACUAUUCGAGUGAAAUCAAGAACUCGCAACGAUGAGCUGACUUGCCGUGCAACGAAUGCAGCAGGGCAAGUGUCCGAGUCAGUUGCAGUUCGCAUUCGUGGCCCUGGAAGUCCACCGACUGCAGUGACUUUGCAAAGUGAACGGGGAGGUUACACAGUCACCUGGCAACCUCCGUCAUUGCCCAAUGGAAAUAUCACUAAAUACGUGAUCUACCACAGUUUCAACAAAGAAUAUCCAUUAGCAGAUUGGCAAAAGCUAGUGCUGGAUGGCACAGAAAGAAGCGUACGGGUCUUGUCCGAAUCUGAAGAUGCAUUCUAUGUACGACUACAAGCAGCUGCUGAUAGUGGUCCCGGUGUUAUUUCAGAUAUAGUAGCCAUUGAAAAAGAUACCAUUCCAAUUUCUGUAACGCUUCAGUAUGAAAGUCCUUCUGGUAGAGAAUACCUUGUAGCUGAGCCCGGCGAAAAGAUCAAAGCCCGAUGCAGCGCUAAAGGAAAACCUCGACCUAAAUUAUUUUAUGUAGUUACCGAAGAAAAUGAAGAUCCUUACAAAGAGGAUGACGUCUGGCGACAACUCGAAACUACAGUUGAACGCGAUAAUGUGGUUGGGAAUGUAGAAUUUACAACUUUAUCGACAAAGGUGCUGCACUGCAAAGCAAAAAAUACGGCUGGUUCGAACUCGUCGUCGUUGACAUUCACUGUGAAAAAACCCGGAGAUGCUCCCUACGACAUUGAAGUGCUCUCCAUUGACGCUCGUGAUAUCAUCAUCGUUUGGAAAGCUCCCAAAUUUCCGAAUCUGAAAAUUGAAUCCUACGAACUCCUUUUGAAUGAAGACGUAGACGAUGACGAGGAGUAUUGGCAGAAAUACUUGACAACUGCCAAAGAUCAGUCAUUAGUUUCCACAAGGUUAUCCCUACCAACGGAACAGUUGAAGCCAUCGUCUGACUACUAUGUGAGGAUCCGAGCAAUAAACCAGGCUGGAUCAGGACCCCUGUCAGAGCCUAUUCAAUUCAAAACUCCUAAUGGAGGCCCGGAAAAUCCUCCAACUGCUGUUAGUGUAGAAAUAAACGAAGCUAAUAUUGCAGUACUACGAUGGAACAGACCAAACUCAACGACGGAGAUUUUAAAUUACGUGAUCUACUUCACAAGAGAUCUGGGAAUUUCCAACGAAGAUUAUCAUGAAUGGCAAACAGUAGAAGUGCCUGGCGAUAAAGAAAGCUUCAAAUUCGAUCAUCAAGUCGGGCUCAAACCAAAAACCUUCUAUCGAGUACGGGUCAGUGCGAAAAAUGACGUCGCAGAAGGGCCUGUAAGCGAAACAAAAGAAUUCGAAACAGCACAUUCCGAACUGCCCAUUCCUACGGAUAUCAGAACCAGUGUAGCCGAAGAUAACACAGUGACAAUUACCUUUUCUGCAGUGAGAGAUCCGGAUGAUCAUUCAAAUGCUAUAGGGCGCUAUAAGCUUGAGAUGGCACAAUCUGACAGCAUCUUGAACGCUAACUGGCAUUUAGUCAACGCCAGCAGCACUUCCAUUGAUGAUAUGAAUUCCCAGGUUUCAAUGACCAUAGACGGUACGCGAUUGGCCCGAAGCAGUAUGUAUUGGGUGAAAAUCACAGCUUCGUUAGAUAAUCCAACAAGAUUUGUGCAAGCGUCGAAACCGAGAUGGUUUCGAACAGGAGAUGGGAGACUCAGAACCAGAGCCGCAAUUGAAGGUGCCCCUGUGAUUGAGCGGGAACCGAACCUCUUCGACACACUUACCAUCGUAUGCCGCGCCGAGGGUUACCCACCGCCGGAGAUCACUUGGUUCUGGAACGAAGCACUAAUAGAGUCUGGUAAAGAGGGUUGGAAAUCACAAGAAAACCAGUCGGAAAGGAGUUCAGUUUCCACUCUGACGAGAAAUAGCGUACGCGAAUCUGGCAUCGCCGUCUGCGUUGCCACCAACGAAGACGGUAAUGCGACAGCACAGAUUCAAGUUCGUGUGAUGGGUCCAGGCAGCGCUCCAACAAAUGUACAAGCUGUGGGUUGGAGAAACCAGAUAAAUGUCUCCUGGCAGGAACCAGAGAUUCCGAAUGGUGUGAUUACGAGAUACAUCGUCUACUACGCCUUGCGAAAUGCUGAGGACCUUUCUGAAUGGACUAAGAUGGAGACGGAUAAGACAGAGAUCGAAUUGCCUGUGACUUCCCCUGAAACUCGCUACCUCGUUCGUGUGCAGGCGACUACUGAGGAUGGACCCGGCAUCAUUUCUGACUCAGUCGAGUGCUACAGUGAUAAACAUUAUCAGCCCAUCGUUAUGAACCUUGAGACUACAAAUGUAGCUGAGUUCGAAGCAGAACCAGGUCAAACCGUUACGCUGAGAUGCAGCGCACAAGGUCAGCCUAUUCCUCGAUUAUUUUAUUCAUGGGAUGAUGAUGACGAAAGCGAGAUAACGGAAAUACAGAUUGCCGAGAACAUUUAUCACAUAAGUGGCUCGUUCGAGAAGAAAGCGUUUACCAAUCAAACGGUUGUAUGCCGCGCGGAGAACAAACACGAAAAUAUAGCAAUCCCCAAACUUUUGAUCGUGAGAAAACCAGGAGACGCUCCGCAUAAUAUCACUUGGAGCUUUGACGAAAACGACAGCCUGCUCAUAAAUUGGGACAAAGUCCUUUAUCCGAAUGGAAAUGCGUCAUACAUUCUUUACCUUUCCAACUUCGUCGAACGGGUAGCGGGACCUCCUGUUCGAAUACCUGAAAUUCCUUACAAUGUGAAUGUGACACUGCAGAUAUCUGCCGUGAAUGAAUGGGGCGAGGGGGCGAAGUCCGAGCCAAUAACUUUCCCAACACCUAAUGGGGGGCCUCGAGAUGCCCCAUCACUAACGUCUCUGCUUUCCAAAGAUGUGAAGGUAACCAUCUCUUGGCUCCCACCAACGCAACCGAAUGGAGAGAUAAAGGGGUAUACGAUCUACUUCAAGAAAAACGGAGAGACUGUCGACGAACCAUGGCAAUAUGUGCAAGUACACGCUAAUCGCACUCGCUUCACUAUUGAUGAAACUGUGGGAUUGGAAGAGGACUCGCACUAUAUGCUAAAGGUUUCAGCAACGAACGAACGUCACGAAGGUCCAGCUUCGGAGGUCUCAUGGUUCGACACUUACAUCAAUGUCGUCGAAGAACUUCCAGCUCCACAGAAUGUGACGGCUUAUCUACAAAACACAUCACUCAUUGUACAUAUACCUAUCAAACACGCUUACCAGGACUAUGUCAUUUAUGUAAGGCCGGAAUUCAGUGAGCAGUACUGGAAGUACGAAGCAGUGAACGUAACGGAAACUCAAGAAACACUUGUUAUUCAGCAUUUCCCGCUUGAUAGAAACGUCAGUUAUCGGAUGAAGAUUUCUGGCUUGAAACAUGGUCGGGAAAGUCGAUCGUCGGAAGAAUUUGCGCUGAUGAUGGAACCCGAACCCACGGAUACAGCUACCACAAACUCGGAUGAGGCGGAUGAAUCCAAAAACAAUGCAGCCGAGAAGAGGCGUUUACUCAAGGAACCACCACUCUGAGGAAUAUUUAGUUGAUUCGAUCACAAAGUGUCUUUCUAUGCAGAUUUACGAGUUUCUCAUCAAUUCCUUGUUGCACAUAUUUUUAUGCUUUACGUCUUCCUUCAAGUAUUUGUUUGUUCAAACUCUAAUAAUCUAUUUGGUUUUGCAAUCCACGUUUGAAUAAGCCAUCGAUCUUACUGGUUCACAGAACCAUUAGGUGCUCCCUCUCUAUUCCAUGCAUUCUUUUUUAAUUUAGUCAUAAUUUCUGCUGCAGGUGAAAUUUAUGCCAUCAUAUUAUUUGCUUCGUUUUCCUUUUUGUAUGCUAACGUUUACUAAUCAAUCACAUUACUUAUUUAUUGCGGUAAAGUUAUUCUGAUGAUAGAUUUGUACCUCAGUAGACAAGCAGUACUUUCUGAAGUACACUACGCCCAGGGUUGCCCGUGUCAGCGCCGAGAUGCCAUCCAUCGAUCAAUUAGGAGCGUCCACGUGGGCGCGGCACGGCGUUGGCACAUGGCAAGUCUAAACGCGGCCUCACAUUUCCAGAAUAAUCUUUUUUUUUUGAGUUGCCGCUUACUAGGAAAAUGC